AUGACCUCGCAUCCAUACCUGGAGGUAGAAAAGCCCUCCCGACCAGCAAGCCAAAGCUCCGCCGAACUAUCCACAUACAGCGACACCACAGCGACAACACUCCAAGGUUCCCGGCUGUUCCACGUCCACCACCAAAGACGCAAGCUCGACUUCGCCAUUUCCACCGAGUCCAAGAUCCCACUAGCCUACGUGCGCUGCUCAUCCUUUACAAUCGGCAAACCAGACCUCACCUACCACGCAGGCGCAACAGAAGACGCCCCAAUCACAGCGGUAUGCAAAUUCAUCAAUUUCUCACGGCACUGCAAAGUAGGGCUCGGCGAUCCCGCUGACCCGAAUAUCGCCUGGGAAGAUCUGAUCCGCCAUAAGCUCACAACGCACUAUCGCUUUGAGAUCUCGCUGGGCGAUGCCGGCGAGCGCAGGGCGUUUGUCUGGAAGCGGACGAAUAGUGUUGGGAUUGGGGGGAAACGCCGUCGAGGGAAUUUCAAGUUGCUGGAUGAAUGCUCUGGGGAAUUGGUUGCGGUUUACUUGAAUAAUGGGGCCAAGAGCUGGUCGAAGUGUGGCAAGUUUCAGAUUAAUGUUGAUUAUGGGGGUGUUUUUGAUACUGUCGUUUUUAUUACUGGGUUGGCGCUCCUGGAGAAGGAGCGGCGGCGUGCGCGGAGUCAGUCCGGGGGUGGAGGUGGUGAUUGA